UGAAUGUAUUUUAGUGGGCGGAGAUUGUCCUACAUUACUAUCACUGUAACACUACUGUGCGUAUUCCAAGCAGUAUAUCAAUGUCUGGUAUCUUUAAAGCAAUGUCGAAGUUUCGUCUGGCUGUGGUGCAGUUACAUGUGUCAAAGAUUAAGGCGGACAACUUGGGAAGGGCAAAAAAACUUGUGAAGGAGGCUGCAGAACAAGGAGCAAAAGUUGUAGUCUUACCUGAGUGCUUCAACUCUCCUUAUGGAACUGGGUUCUUUGCCGAGUAUGCUGAGAAGAUCCCAGGAGAAUCCACACAGGUGUUGUCGGAGGCAGCCAAGGACUGUGGGGUCUAUUUAGUUGGCGGUUCCAUUCCUGAGAAGGAUGGAGAAAAGCUCUUUAACACCUGCUUAGUUUUCGGACCUGAUGGAAAGCUGCUUGUCAAACACAGGAAAAUUCAUCUUUUUGAUAUUGAUGUACCCGGGAAAAUACGGUUUCAGGAGUCUGAAACACUAAGUCCUGGAAACAGUUUAUCCAUGUUUGAAACACCGUUUUGUAAAGUAGGUGUGGGAAUAUGUUAUGACAUCAGGUUUGCAGAGCUGGCACAGAUCUAUGCUAAGAAAGGUUGCCAGCUUUUGGUAUAUCCUGGUGCCUUUAAUAUGACCACAGGUCCAGCUCAUUGGGAGCUUCUGCAAAGGGGGAGGGCAGUAGAUAAUCAGGUAUAUGUGGCCACUGCUUCACCAGCAAGAGACGAGAGCGCCAGCUACGUGGCCUGGGGUCACAGCACUGUGGUUAACCCUUGGGGGGAGGUAAUUGCUAAAGCUGAAUCAGAGGAAUCCGUUUUAUAUGCUGAAAUAGACCUGCAGUAUUUGGCUGAUGUGCGCCAACAGAUCCCAAUCACCACACAGCGACGGAACGAUCUAUACAGUGUUAACAGCGUUCAGGAGGGCUGAACUUUCAUUCACACAAAGCACUGCAGUGGACAUUAAGUCUUGAUUAAAGACUGACUGAGUCAACACUUUGUGUUAGACCAGUCAGUGUAAAGUGGGGCAUCUCACAAAGAGGUUUUAAUCACUGUGAAUAAGUGCCUCGCGAUUUGUGUUCUUUUGAUGAUUCUGUCACAGUGCAAAUGAUGUUUGGAAUAGAUAAAACAAGUGUUGAGAACAAUGGACAGUUACGCCUGGGCAGGUGAAGUUCUCCAUCAGCUUGAGAAAAAACAUUAAGCAUGAUAACAGGAUAUUAAUAUUUAAAGUGAUUCCCAAAUCAAAAUUAUUUUCAUUGCAAUUGCAUUAAUUCCAAUAGAGAUUAAAAUAUUAUAUGAAAAACAUUUACUCCAUUUUCUUUUUUUCUCUCCACCGAUUAAGUCAUUUCAAAUACAUAAGACAGUUCCCAGCAGAAACCAAUUGCAGAACACCAGAGCUUGUGUGUGUGUGUGUGUGUGUGUAGAUAUACGUGCUGUCAAAUGAUUAGAAUAAAGGUUUUUGUUUACAUGUAUUACAUGUAUAUACAUUUAUAGAGUUACAAUUUCUAUUAUUUAUAAAUGCAUGUGUUUGAAUUUAUAUAUAUAUAUAUAUACAGAAUCAUGAUUAAUCGUUUGACAGCACUAAUAUAUAUAUGAAACUUUUAGGAUUAAUUAGGAAGUAAUGUGGAUUACCAUAGAGCAAAGACAUUUUGUGUCCCUUAGAUUUUUUAUUUACAAUGACUUUGAUACAAUUAAACUAUUACACAGCGAAUAUAAAACACAAGUUGGUUUAUAUAAGAAAAUGUGUGUCUUUUUGCCACAUUCAGUGCUGUUGAAUAUAUUUGAAUUUCUCAACAGCACGUCUUAACUGAUAGCAGACAGUAUGACUAACAGUAACUCAUCUGCGUUUGUGCUCCAGCCUGUCUAACUACUUCAGGUUGGACAGGUGAAGUUCUGGCAGUUGUUUUGAGCUCUUUCUCAAUGACAUAGCAUGUUGGGGAUAUUUACUGUGGUCUAAAAAUGUAGACGUUUAAAAUGGUACAGCAAGAGUGUCAAAAUACAGUUUAUCUCUGUAUUUUGAAUAUAGAUAUGUUCAUACUCUUUGAGCUGCUUUAUUCUAUUGUGCUGAGUUGCAAGUCUUUUGUUUAGCCGACUGUAUGGGAAAAAAGAAGUCUUUUAUCUUUGUGUUUGUCUAUUAUCUUAAGCCGAUUCAUAAUCUAAAAUUAAACUUUGAAUCACUUCCAGUCAAUCACAAUUAA